CCAUUCUACAAUCAGCUGACACGCAAAUUCGCUCUAUUAUCAGUUAGAUUGGAAGUCCUAUUAUUAUGUUUACUUAGCUCUUUUUGAAAACACUUAAAUGUGAAUCACAAGUGUGGGCGAUUAGACCAUCCCUGUUCUGUUCCGAUACCCCUAUCAGCAACACGGCCGGCUCUAAAAAGCUGUUGAAAUGCGAGACACAAAGCAGUGAAAUGUGGACAAAGGAGCAACGAAUCAACAGCCAAAUGAGCCGCACUUGGAAUCCGGCUAAUGGCGAGGAGCAAUGCGCCCUCCUGGCGGUGGAAAGUUCUGGGAGCUCGGCCGCAGCUGCCUCCGGAUCCGACGAUGAGGCGGUUACCAGCAGUGGAGCACCCCGCACCAAAACCCAGCUGAGAAAGCUACAGCACAGGACUCGCAUGCCGCAGCCCAGGAUGUUAAGACGCCUCGGCUGCUACACGCUGAGUGCUUUCGUUAUCUUCCUGCUGCUCCUGGUCUACCUGCCACUCAUAUACUUGGAUGGACACAAGCGUUGUGCUGGCCUGCCCGACUGGACUCUGGAGACCUCCCGUAGCACAACCGACUACCUGGAUCCCGGUCGCGAAACGGCCCUCAUUGUUCCCCGGGACUUUUGCCGGAACAAGACCUUCCUGGUAAUCGCCGUGUGCACCGGCGUGUCAAACUUUGUUCAGCGGCAGACCAUCCGCGAAUCCUGGGGAAACACCACCGAGUUCAACUAUCCAGCCUUUGUCAAGCUCCAUGGUCACCUCAAGGGGCAUUACCUGCCGCCAAUGCCGGAGCGCCUGAAGCUGUACGAGGAUUACCUGAGCGGCGAGGGUGACUCGUUGACCGCAUCUGUAAAAAUUGUAUUCAUUGUUGGCCGCCAGGGAGAUGAGGCCCUUGUGGGCAACGAGACACUCACUCGCAUUCACACUGAAGCGGACCAGUACAAUGACAUCAUUCAGGAGAACUUCGUAGACAGCUACAAUAAUCUCACACUCAAGUCAGUGAUGGCUCUAAAGCACAUCAGCCGCAGUUGCUCCAAUACCUCGGUCUUCUUCCUCAAGUGCGACGAUGAUACCUUUGUGAAUGUGCCUAAUUUGUUGCACUUUCUGCUCGGCGGAACUAUACCAUUGUACAACGAUACACUGGACUAUCAUGACCGCUCCACCUUCUUGGCCACUGCACCGCAGAACCGGUUGAAAGCCACCAGCGAGGUGAUGUACGGGCAUCAGUUCUGCAACGUGGUGCCGGUCAGCGAAGUAAGCAGCAAGUGGUACAUGCCCUCGUACAUGUAUAAGCCGGAGACAUAUCCCAAAUAUCUUUCCGGAGCCGGCUAUCUGCUGUCCAUCGAUGUGGUGCAGCGUCUGUUCGAGGCCUCGCUCAAUACGACACUGGUCUACCUGGAGGACGUGUACAUCACUGGGCUGUGUGCGCAAAGGGCGAAGAUUAAGCGCCACCACCACCCGCUCUUCAGCUUCGCCCACUCAAAACAGCCAUGUGCUUUUAAAGGCAGCAUCACACAGCACCAGAUGAAAGACGACAGCAUGGUGGAGGCAUGGCACCAUGUGGCCAACUACUCCAUCAAGUGUCCGCCACCGGGGCGUUACUUCAGUCAAAUGCGAUUGCGUAAGCGUCAGAAUUGUUAAGACUCUAGGCUCCGCCUACCCAUUCCCCCUGCUCUCUGAAGAACCCGAAAUACUAUACUUUUGUUGCUUCGAUUGAUAUUUUUGAACUUAGUUCCUGAAAAUACUUGUAUACGUUCUUUGGAUAAGAUAAAGAUUUGUUUGUAGAUUAUAAUCAACUGACUUGAUGUAACCAGGCAAAGGUGAUAUAUAACCGCUAAUGGUGAUUCUAGUUCAAAGUUUUGAGUUGCAUACAGUUUUUGUUUGCUAAACAAGCUCAUUAAAUUGCUAAAUUAUUCUUAACUCUGAGUAUUCCUAAAUUUAAUAACAAAAAUUGUACAAAACUCAUGCAGUGUAAAUGUAUUAAAAUUGGUAAACGCCUAGCACCCAAUCUCCAUAUCAAUGUUAAAAGUAAUGCACAAGCGAGAUAUCGGAUAUAUCUAGAUUUCUGAAUCUUCCCAGAAACUAUUUAAAUAAAUAGACUUUAAGUGUAAGUAUUUAUUUAUUGUUUAUAUUAAAUUAUAUCAAAUAUAUUUAAAAACUUUA